AUGGUUGGCUUCCAUUCCUUUUCUUCAACAUGUCUGCUGGCAGCCUCGCUCGUCAGCGCCGCCCCUUCUCUUCUCUUGGACGCUGGCUCGUCCCCUCCACUCCUUGACCGGCGCCAAAACACCACAACUUCGUCCGACAAGCUCGUUUUCUGCCAUUUCAUGGUGGGUAUCAUCUCAGACCGAACCAGCGCGGCAGACUGGGACUCGGACAUGCAGAUAGCCAAAGACCUAGGCAUAGAUGCUUUCGCCCUGAACAUAGGCACAGAUGAUUUCACCGACACGCAGCUUGGGUAUGCGUACGAAUCGGCGGCCAACAACGGCAUGUCCGUGUUUAUCUCCUUUGACUUCAACUGGUGGGACCCGUCUACCGAUGCGGCCGAGAUUGGUGAUAUGAUCGCCAAGUAUGGGGCCGAGACGGCGCAGCUCAUGGUGGACGGAAAAAUCUUUGCCUCAUCUUUUGCCGGCGAUGGUCUCGACGUCGCCGCCGUGCGAAGCGCUGUUGGGGCUGAUAUUUUCUUCGCCCCCAACUUCCACCCUUCCGAGACCACCGACCCCAGUGCCAGCAUCGAUGGUGCGCUGAACUGGAUGGGAUGGAACAACAACGGAGACAACAAAGCGCCGGUCGCGGGCGGGACCAACAUCACUGUCGUCGACGGCGAUGACACGUACAAAUCCUGGUUGUCCACCAUGCCGUACAUUGCCCCCAUCUCGCCAUGGUUCAGCACCCACUACGGCCCCGAGGUCACCUAUUCUAAGAACUUUGUCUUCCCAAGUGAUCUGCUGUGGUUCACUCGCUGGACCGAGAUCCUGACCCUCAGCCCCCACUAUGUAGAAAUGAUCACAUGGAACGACUAUGGUGAGAGCCACUACAUCGGACCGCUCUCGUCCAUGCAUUAUGACGACGGGGCGUCCAAGUGGGUUAACGACAUGCCUCAUGAUGGCUUCCGGACACUUGCCAAGCCCUUUAUCUCAGCCUACAAGGCAGGAGCAGCAGCGGUCGACUCAUACAUCACCGAAGACCAGAUCGUCUACUGGUACCGACCAACCCCGAGCACCGUGGACUGCGACUCGACGGAUAAUACGAUGGGGGCCGCGGACAACAGCAGUGGGAACUACUUCAACGGCAAGCCAAAUGGCUAUGAAGAUCUCGAGGACGCCGUCUUCGUCGUCACACUCCUGACUGCUGAUGGUACCCUGAGCGUCACCUCUGGCGAUACCACCCAGACCUUUGAUGCCAAAGCUGGGGCCAACGCUUUUCGAAUGCCCAUGGGCGUCGGACAGCAGACUUUCUCCUUGACCCGAGACUCCAAGACCGUCUUGAGUGGUACAAGCCUGAAAGACAUUCAAGAUUCCUGUAUUUGCGGAAUUUACAAUUUCAAUACCUAUGUGGGAACAUUGCCCGCCGAGGACUCAGAUCCUCUGGGUGCCGACGGCUUGGCCUCAUUCUUGACUGGAUUGUCCGUGACUACGUGCCUUGCCACUCCAUCGCUGGGCACCCCAACCGCCGUCGCAGCAUCGACGACUGGCGCGGGAAGUUCGGUUGCGAGUUCCUCUGCCUCCUCGACCGCAUCUAGCACUCCCGACUGUAACGCCGGUACCGUUGCCGAUGGCGUGUCACUCAAUCUGCUGGGCCUGUGCACCUUUGCCUGUGCUGCUGGGUUCUGCCCCACCGACACCUGUGUUUGUACAUCGACCGGCACUGUGGUGACCUACGAGGCUGGCGUCGCGACCACCGGGUGUGCCCUCUCGGGAGAGGAUGCUAUCUACGAUACGCUCUGUGCCUAUACGUGUCAGCUUGGAUAUUGCCCGGAUACUGCCUGCUCUACCGACUGCAGCAGUUGAAUUCUGUUGUUAUGAUUGCACGAUUAUUGCCUUCUCUUCUCGUCGCUCCUUGCCCUCGUGGCCUAUACUUGGGGAAAGAAACAUGUUUGUUGGAUACCCGGGGAUGUUUCCAGAGUUGUCCUUCUUUGCCUCGAAGGCAGAUGUAUAAAGUUUUCAAAAAUGAAAUUCUACUACUUUGCUCGCG